UCCUCGGCGGCAGCGUCGGGACCCGGGCCGGCCAUGGCGGUGUGGACCAGGGCCACCAAAGCGGGGCUGGUGGAGCUGCUGCUGCGGGAGCGCUGGGUGCGGGUGGUGGCGGAGCUAAGCGGGGAGAGCCUGAGCCUGACCGGGGAUGCGGCGGCCGAGACUGACCCUCCGCUGGGGCCGGUGCUGGCCGCCUUCAACGGCCUCCCCAACGGCGGCGGGGGCAGCGGCAGCGGCGGGGACUCGUUGCCCGGCAGCCCCAGCCGCGGCCUGGGCCCGCCCAGCCCGCCCGGGGCCGCGGCCGCGGCCGCGGCCGGGGGCUCCCCGCCCGUGCGGCGCGUGCGGGUGGUGAAGCAGGAGGCGGGCGGCCUGGGCAUCAGCAUCAAGGGCGGCCGCGAGAACCGGAUGCCGAUCCUCAUCUCCAAGAUCUUCCCCGGGCUGGCGGCCGACCAGAGUCGGGCGCUGCGGCUGGGCGACGCCAUCCUGUCGGUGAACGGCACCGACCUGCGCCAGGCCACCCAUGACCAGGCCGUGCAGGCGCUGAAGCGAGCGGGCAAGGAGGUGCUGCUGGAGGUCAAGUUCAUCCGGGAAGUGACCCCGUAUAUCAAGAAGCCAUCAUUGGUAUCUGAUCUGCCCUGGGAAGGGGUCGCCCCCCAGUCACCCAGCUUUAGCGGCAGCGAGGACUCGGGCUCCCCCAAACACCAACAUGGCACCAAGGACAGGAAGGUCAUUCCUCUCAAAAUGUGUUUUGCUACCAGGAACCUGAGUAUGCCAGAUCUGGAGAACAGAUUGAUAGAACUCCAUUCUCCUGAUAGCAGAAAUACUUUGAUCCUUCGCUGUAAGGACACUGCAACUGCCCACUCCUGGUUCAUCGCCAUCCAUACCAACAUCAUGGCUCUCCUCCCACAGGUGCUGGCUGAACUCAACGCCAUGCUUGGCACAACCUGUACAGCAGGAGGCAGCGAGGAGGUCAAACACAUAGCCUGGCUGGCUGAACAGGCAAAACUAGAUGGUGGAAGGCAGCAGUGGAGACCAGUCCUGAUGGCUGUGACUGAGAAGGAUUUACUGCUCUAUGACUACAUGCCGUGGACAAGGGACGCCUGGGCAUCACCUUGUCACAGCUACCCUCUCAUCGCUACCCGGUUGGUACACUCGGGCUCGGGAUGUAGGUCACCAUCCAUUGGAUCUGAUCUUACAUUUGCCACCAGGACGGGUUCCCGUCAGGGCAUCGAGAUGCACAUGUUCAGGGUAGAGACACAUCGGGACCUGUCGACCUGGACCCGAGUUCUUGUACAAGGUUGUCAUGCUGCAGCUGAACUGAUCAAGGAGGUCUCACUAGGCUGCAUAAUGAAUGGCCAGGAAGUACGACUCACAGUGCAUUAUGAGAAUGGAUUCACGAUCUCCCGAGAAGGAGGUGGCCCCGGCACUGUGUUAUAUCGAUACCCCUUUGAAAAGUUAAAAAUGUCUGCUGAUGACGGUAUCAGAAAUCUGUACUUGGAUUUUGGUGGUCCUGAGGGAGAACUGACCAUGGACCUGCACUCAUGCCCCAAGCCAAUUGUUUUUGUGGUGCACACCUUCUUGUCAGCCAAAGUUACGCGCAUGGGCCUGCUGGUGUGAGCCCAAGGCCGCUGAGCUCUGAGCAUCACAAGGAGCACCUCCACCUCCGAAGAAAACAAUUAAGCACAAAAGAAAGCUGCUUCUUUUGCUCUCUCCUACAGCAUCAGUGCCUUGACAAGGACCUGCAAUCACUGCUAACCCAAAACCGUGUUCAGAGAACAUCCUGGGAUGAUGAGCCACCACAUUCAGGAACUCCCGUGUUCUCCCUGAGGUCCCUCCCUAGUUAGGGAUAGGGAGGUGUGACUUCUGUGACUGUAGAAUGAUGAGCUAUUUUCUGUAUAUUCUCUGUGUUCAUCAUCUGUUUGUGUUUGUCUUUCUUCUCCCAUAAUGGGGUGGGGUCAUGGUUCUGCUUUCCAAAUAUGAGCAAAUAGUGGAGAGACAUUUCCCUUUUUCCUGAGUUCGUGGGCUUGAUUUGGUGCCCAGCCUCGCACCCGACUUCUGUGCUGGACAACUCUCCCCACCUUUUCUUUGCAAGCAGGCAGUUGGCUUUGUGGCCAUUUCAGGGGCUCCCUAAGCUUUGGUGGGAGUUCGCCAUCACCUGCAUCGUGUGAAGCCUCAAUCUCGGGCCCCACAGGUGUCCCUCUCUCUGUCAUGAUACUAUUGCUGCAUCCCCACCAUGGCCACCCUCACCCAAUUUACCUACCAGGUUUUAUCACUCAAAAGUGUUUACUUAAUAGCAUAAAACCUAUGAAAUGUCAAUUUAGUUUGCCAUAUAUUUUUAACCAGCACCUAGCAGAAAGAAUAUUGGAGACCAGGGUAUUGCAAGGAAAUAUCUACUCAUUUCAGUUUUUGGGUCCCCUCCUUCCCAUUAAUGUUUUUGGAAGGAACAGAGGAUAUUAUGGUAUGAGACUGACUUUAAAAGAAAAUCUUUAUUUUAUACAAAGCCAUUUUUUAGUGGCUUACCAAAUGUGCCUUUGGUCAAGAUGGGUCAGAUGUAGUUGAAUAUCAUCACAAGCUUCAUUAAAGGAAGGUCAUCCCAGUUUUAAAGAAUGCUUCAUUAAGGUGAGCUUCUAUGGCUGCAUUUUUGGCAGCUGGCAAGCCUCCUGUAGAGAAGACAAAUCUGGAAGAAUUGCCAUCCGGUUUCAGGAGUGAACUUUGGAGGAACAACCAGCCCAUUUGCACAAAUGCUAUCAGCAAUCCCAUGGGACUAUCUGAUCCCAAUGCAGUCUCUGCAAUACAUGGGCUGGUUCAUCCUCCACAAAGUGAUACAGAAAAAAAAUUAUUCAUCCUUAGCAAUGUCAAGACUUAGUGUUGCCUCAUAGCCUGGCAGAUGCAGUGAGGCUCUAGAAUAGCCCUCUGGCAUUUUUGAAGUAUUCUUGACAUUACUCCAAGGAAACAGAACAAAUAAGGUUGUUGGGUUUGUGGUAUUGUAAAUCCCUCUCUUCCCCUAAUCUUAACAGGGCUACAUUUAUGAAAAAUGGUUAAAAAUAAGUAUUAAUGCCAGUCAUCCUGAAUCUGAAAGAAAAGCAGCAGCAGAGGCUCACAACUGGCCUGGGGGUUGACUCUGGCAGAUUGGCUGAAAUUCAGAAAAGGGCAGAUCUACGAUCAGAGAGCCAGGCUAGCAGGUUCUCAUUGGAAAGCUCCCUCCUUUCAUCAGGGAAGUGAUGGAGAAGUGGGCAUCUCAUGAAGUACCCCAGGAAUGAGCAUUUUUGAAAUGGUUAUGAAGACUGGACACAUGUGUAGGGCAUAGUGGUUGCCUCUUGAGCAAGCACAGGCCAGCUCCUCCCCCAGUCUACUGCCCUACCCCUUUCCAUGAGCUGCCUCAGCUCUUGCAUAAUUCUCACGUGAUGGGAUGAGGAAGGUACCCUUGUUCUCUUGUCCCAGAUCUAUGGAAUUUCUGAAGACUAGACCUAAGUUGUCCUCCCUACUUGAACUGCAAAGAUACAAAUCUAAAGGCAAAAUAGGAUUAUUUAUAGAAUUUAUGUUAUUUUCAAAAUCCACAGACUCAUCUUAAAUUGAAACUUAGAGGUUAAUUGGUCUUUUAAAUAUCUUUUUCAUCUCAAAUCCAAUUUGAAUUUUGAUACUAAAAGUCUUGGUGGCUGGGGGCAGUCAACAAGACCCAAGGAUUUUUUUUAAAAGAAUGUCUUGAUGCCCAGAUCAUAUCUUAAAGCAGAAUUCCAGCACUUGAUAUGGUCAAAUAUAGGAGCUUGGCUCUUUUCAACAGCUGUCAAAUCUCUGCACAAUCCGAAUAUUGUUACAUUGGACUCCUGUUUUCCAAGGUGAACAGAAGUUUAGCUCUGCAGACUAAAACUUCCCCAACAAUGCCCUUAGAUUCCUGCUUUGGUGUGGAUAUUUUUAUAUAUUCUUGUUUGUUUGUUUUUUUAAAAGCCUGAGCCAACAAGAAAUAUUAUCAUGGAAACCUCUGGAAACAACCUAUUUAUCCUUCUUCACAAGAAGAUUUUGUACAGGGUAAAAUGUAACUGAGAAUAAGAAAAGCCAUCCCUUGUCCGUCCUUCGCUAACCCGUGAUCAGAUUGUGGAUUUCAUUCCCCCAGUUUGGGCUGCUCAUACAUAAAUGCAUCAAGGACCUAAGGGUCUUGAUUAGAUCUUUGCACCAUGAAAGAGAAACAGAACAGAACAGAACGGAAGCCCACCCACCCACAAGACACCAGCCUCUCUGGGAAGCCUUCAGUCUGCACCUAGACACUCUUGGAGUCAUCCAAUCAUGGGUGACUAGGGUACAGUUGGUGAGAUCCCUAGCCCACAAAUGGAGUGAGUGCUUUAUGAAGAGACAGCCUAGAUAAAUGGGCUUCUAAUUAAGCUCACCAAAUAUGGCAGAUUGUUUGAAAAGAAGGCGUUGUCGCCUUUCUGCCUCUGACCACCCACCCGGUGGCUUUUGAUUCCUUUCUCAUGUUUGAUGAGACUUGCGAAAGUACUUGGUAUUCUCCAUGGUUGGGCUUAAUGGACCCACCGGGCAUUGGAUACUUCUUGUUCACACUCCUAUGCAACCAAGGUGGGGGGGAUUAGAGAUUUUCUGUUCCACACCUUCCCCCCACAUUCAUGUGAUUGAGUUCAUAAGCCGCUGGUUGGUGAGAGGGUCUGCUCUUUUCCUCCUGUAAGCCUUUCUUUCCCCUUUUCCUCCAUUUCCCUGUCCUCAUCCUGGCAUCUUAUGAAGAAAAAAACUGAAAGGUAGGGACAGCUAUUUUUUUGUAAAAGGAAAAUCUUUCCUUCCAAGGUCAUAAAAUAGAACUCAACCUGCAAAUUAUUAGUUUAAAAUCUAGCAUUACAUAGAUAAGUAUUUUUCUUUCAUGUAUGUUUACGCAGUUAUUUAUUAGAAUAAUUAUAAUUGUAAUUAUAUGUAACUACCCAGUAGACCCCAGAAAUUGAGGUCAAAUACUGGCUAUGUGCACAUAUUCAGAAUAUUAUUCUAAAGGCCAUUCAAGUCUUCAAAGCCAUCUCUGAGCACUUUUAAAACAAGGAAUAUCUUAUUGGUUCAUAUUAUCCGUUCAUAUUAUCUGCACUCUCAAUAACUUUACAAUUCCAAAAACUUACUGCGUAGACAGGAAGUAGAGCUAUGGAAUUCCUUGUUUGUUACAUUUCUAUUUUAAAAAUUUUACUUUUAAAUAGCAAAUAGUUAAAGCUGUUACUGGCUAGUCUUGUCUCUAAACUAACUCUGUAAAGGUAUAUGUUAGUAACAAAAUCUUACCUGCUAUUUAACUUUGCACUUAGCUGCCAAAUCAUAAGUUUUCUUCAGUUUUUUUUUAUUAAAAAUCCAUGUGGAGAAUUAAUAAGGUCAUGUUUCUCCCAGAAAAAUAGCUUUUGCUAUAAAUGGUUUUCGUUGGCAAGGAGGUGUGACUACAUUUGAGGAAAGGUCUGAUGGAUUUUUUUUUUCUCAGAAAAACCUUCAGAUCCUAGGGUGUAAUUUAUAUGCAUGUUAGCUAUAUUAGUAUAUUUCCAAAAAUGAGACAGUCCUUGUUCAUGUUUUUCUUUCACCUGCAAACUACCUUGUAAGCUGCUAUGCAAAUUAUCUUCAAAGCCCUACCUGCUUAAAGGGGGAAGACAUGUAGACUUAUGCACUUUUCUCUGUGGUUUUUUUUUUUAAAUCUUAGUUCUGACACUUAAGCUGAAUUAUGUUAAUGUCUUAAUUUUGGUGGCUAUAAACUAUUGAUUUUAGAUAACGUUUAAACUAAACAGUAUAAAUGUCCAGCAUUCACUUUAUGUUGCUGCCAAUGCUAAAUGAAACUACAGUUGAUCUGUCAAGUAGGGAGGCCAAAGGUUGCUAUUGAAUCCUGUAUUAUUAAAUGAAAAGUUAAAUGCCAAAACUCUUUGGUUCUGAAGCUGCUUACAUCGGAGAAAUUCUGAUUUCUAUAAAAUGAGGACUUCUUUAGACCUUAAGACUCUGCUUAAGCUAUAUUUUAUGUUAAACAUGACCCACUGCCCUACUGCAGAUUGCUUUUUGGCAAGACCUCAUAUGCAAUGGAGUAUUUUUCAGUUAAAUUUAGAUCGUAUUUGUCUCCUCCCCCAACCCAGUAUAAGAAUUCCUAAGUAUAAGAAUUCAUUAUCUGAUGCCCCCAUUUUAGUUAGUGCUUUUGGUAACCUAGAACUAGGUAGAUCAGAGUUUCACUUCCAGUUGUGUGGUUUAAGAUGCUAAUUUUUUAAAAAACCACACAGUUCAUAAAAAUCCACAUUGCUGGGCUCUUUCUUACCCAGUACUUGGUAAAUACUUAUGGGUUGAUAAACAUGUCUGAAAUGAUUAUGGUACCACUUUAACCACUUGAUUCUCUAAGGGUCUUAUAAGUGAUGCAUGAAUUUGAGUGACUUGUCCUAACAAUGUUAGAGAUUUAUUUUAUGUAGAGAAUGUGUUAGAGUAGCUACUCUGAAGUCCUUUCCCACCAAAGUUGAGUUUGGCUUUUGCUACUGGUGAUGCAGGUUUGGUUGCUUAUCCCAAGUGAGUCUGUGCCCAUAUUGCAAAAUCUCAGAGUUGGAGGGUUCCUGCAAUAUCCAACCUUGGCCAUACCUGACCAAGAAUACCCUCUGCAACAACCGCAACACGUGGUCAUCCUGUCUUUGCCUAAAAACCUUUCAGUGAGGCAGAACCUACUGCCCCCUGAGGCAGCCCACUCUGCUUCUGGACAGUUCUAAUUGUCUGAAGGUUUUAUCUCACAUCAAGUUGAAACAUGCCUUUUUGCAAAUUUUACCUAUUAUUUCUUGUUCUCCUUUUUGGGGCCACACAAAACAAAUAUGUUCCUCCUUCCACAGGAAAGCCUUCCUUUGGAUAUUGAAAGUUAGCUGGAUGGUUUCCCCUGUCUUUUCCUUUCCAGGCUGAACUUCUUCAGUUCUCAUAGCACAAUCUCAAGGCCAAUCAUCCCAGUUGCCCUCCCCAUGUCAUUCUCCACUUUAUCGGUGUCACCCACAGCUGACUGGUCCUUGGGUAGUCUAGUGGAGAUAAGGUAUGGGAAGGGCCCUAGGCCCUUCUUCCUGCCUCUCCCAAUGCAACCUAAGAUCAUGUUACUGGUAUUGUGGCUAUUGUGUCGACUCUCAUUGGGCUUCUAUAAAGUCUACUAAAUUUCCCCAGGUCUUUUUAACAAAUUUCUCUCUAACCACACUCUCCCCAAUUUAUACUUUUGAAGCUGAUUUUUUGAACCCAAGUGAGACCCCUUAUACUUAUUAGCAAGAAUUACUUAUAUGCUUUAGCUUUGAAGGAAUGUUUUUAGAUGUGAUGGUUUUAUUUCAGAAUUGGUGAAAUUUAACUUCAGUGUCUGGUCAUCUCUCCUCCAGUGCCCUACUCCACUUAUGAACUUCUCCAGUGACUGAACCUGAAGUAUUUUUUUCUCAUUUUCCAGCUGUCCUGCCUUUGAUGUCAUAGUUAUAUGUGCCUUUUUACAGAUAACAUCUGGUGCUUGCUGUCUGAAGAACAUAGUUACCAGUAACGGACCAUAUUAAAGACAACUCGACUUGUUUAAAAAUGUAUUGGCUAAAACUAGAUAUAGCUUAUACUGUAGUGAGAAAGGACAUUCACCGAGCAUUUAAGUGCCUACAAUUCACAGUAAUGCAUUUGGUGCUUUGGGGCUUUUUUCAAAAGAAUCCAGACGUUUUGACAAAUCUAGUUCAUGCUCAACUAAAUCAUGCCUUCUCUUACACAGUAGAUUUUAAGGACUUCACAUCACAUUUUAACCAAAGUGUUUUCCCAUUUUUAUGAACUGGGUAUGUUGGCCAACCGAACAAAAAGGCCCAAAGUUAUACUUGGGCUUUGAGAAAAGACUGUCUAUCACAUGAAAAUGAGUGAUAGUCUGAGCACUUUAAAGGAAAUCUCAUAUUACAUUAAUUAUGCAGGAGGGAAAAACCUGCAGGAAUUGCCUCAGUGGAUUCCCAUCCAGUGGUAGACUUGGAGCAGAAGUAGAACCACUUUUAGCAUCUUUGGAAAGGGAGGGGAUUCAGGACUUGGAGAGGGAUUGGCUUAAGUGACUUCAGGGAUUCCUUCCAACUCUAAGACAGUUUGUUCUUUCCCACCGGGAGAAGGAAGGAAAAGCGUGGUGUGACAUGUUAUGGAAUUUCAUCUCUUAAAUAAGAUGUGACCAAACAAAGCAAACUGUUGUUCUGAGUGAAGAACUGUGAAGAGGAAGAGAGAAGACGAGAUUCUUUUAAUUUCAUAGAGCAGAAUUAAAUAUGAUUACUCUUUGUUCCAUCCAUCAACUUUUUUCUAAACGGUGCUGUUACAUAAAUUCCCAGACUGACAUCUCUCUCGAUAGCUCCUUAUUUGCAUAGUAAAAUGCUUCCUCAGUGAUUGGUCAAAAUGAAGACUGGGAAACUCAGAGAAAUAUCCUCCCCCCUCUUUUUUAAAGCAACUACUGGAGACAUGGUCCCAGAACAUGGAAUGUACUUGAGAAAAGACAAGAACAUUUUUAAUUUAUCAAAAAACAUUUAUCCAACCAAAGCCCUUUUUUUUAUGCAAAAUGCCUUAUUGAGUUAAAAAUAGGUUUUUCCUCUGACCUCACAAUAUAGAUCAAGUUUUUAAAUGGAUGAGUCUCAGGUGUAUUCAGAAAAAAAUAUUCCUGUUCUUGGUAUAGCACAUGAAAGUCAUACUGGCCCUUAACUAACCCUUCAUUUUCAGAUAUGCUAGAACUGUACAUGAAAAUUGAUCUUUGCUUCAAUGUCUUGUUCCUUACAUCAGCACCCUUGGAGAUCCUGGUGUUCUCCGUUAUCUAUAAUUGAGAUCUGUAUAUUUAGGUAUCUGCAAUUCAUAGCCUGGGAAACAUGAUCUCAUUCAUACAUUUUUUGUUUAAAUGGAUUUAGUUACACUUCUCAUCUUCAUGUAGUUACCCUAUUAGAAGGCAGGAGUAUGGAUGAUAUUUUAAAAUUGUAUUUCCCACUUAGCACCACCGCUUACUCAUAGUAGUUGUUUCCCUUAGCAAAUCUGCCCUUUGGAAAGAGCCAUUUUGGAAUUUCUUGCUCUAAUAAAUGGCACCAGUAUUAUGUUUACACAAUGAGUACAGCAUGACAAACAACAGCUAUUCCUUUUGGUACCCUCAACCAAAGGACUUGGGGGAAAUAACCUGUGUAAAACCACUACCCAACAUGGCCUGUUUGGGCUAACAUCUGUGCAAAUUCUUGCUCUCCCUCUCCCCGUUUUUUUCUUCCCCCCUCCUUUCCCUCAUCUCCCUCUCCCCACCCCACCCCCAUAUUGUUCCUGGUGAUUUUUAAAUAUUGAGACUUAGAAGAUUGUAAUAAUACUGCUAGGAAGAAUCAAAAGUAUAUCUUGUAUUCAAAUAAGACUUCUUUCCUCUUAUCUUGGAUCUUCUUGCUGGUCUAGGCUACCAAAUCAAAAUAUUCAUGUAAAACAGGGCAGUAUUGUGUUCUUAACAAUCAAUCCCAGGAAAGCUUUAUAUGUACACUAUAAAUAUGGAUACAUAGACAAUACUUUCCUUGAGUUGCAUAUUAACUAUAGCAUUGUACAUUACAAUGAAAAUGUGUGACUUAAGGGCAAUAUAUAUAAGAACAUAUACACC